UAUACCAACGACAACUUUCCCACGACCAUUCCUCAACUGCAUUCCUCUGUCAUUUGCCGCCAGCUCAAGAUGUCGGCCCCUCAGAGUGUGCAGUGCUUCGGCAAGAAGAAGACGGCCACUGCAGUCGCUCACUGCAAGAAAGGAAAAGGCCUGAUCAAGGUCAACGGCCGACCGCUCUCCCUUGUCCAGCCUGAGAUCCUUCGAUACAAGGUCUACGAACCCCUCUUGAUUGUUGGUCUGGACAAAUUCGCCGAGGUCGAUAUCCGCGUUCGAGUCACCGGUGGUGGUCACACUUCUCAGAUCUAUGCUAUCCGACAGGCAAUCUCCAAGUCAAUCGUCGCUUACUAUCAGAAAUAUGUCGAUGAAUACACCAAGAACCAGUUGAAGCAAGCGCUUGUCCAAUACGACCGCACACUGCUCGUUGCCGACAACCGACGGUGCGAACCCAAGAAAUUCGGUGGUCCGGGUGCCAGAGCCAGAUACCAGAAAUCAUACCGUUAAAGGGAUUACGAUUGGUUUGGUUGGCGGUGUUGUGCUGAUAGGCAGCGGGACCUUCGCGGCCACGGAAAUACUCGCAGAAGUGAUAUGGGAGUCGAUCCCCUGGUAGAGGUGGACGGCUGCUAUCUUCCAUCAGCAUGAAGGAAAAACUCCUGGUUGAUGUAGUCCAAACGAGGCUAUUUUCAAUCAGGCGGAGUCAACGCGGGUGUCAAUUGCUGGACAUGCACUACUUCAAGCGUCUGCAUGGUUGAAAAGCGAAAGAAUAAAUUCACUGUUCAA